AUGCGGUGGUGGCUAUUUUCCUUUUGGACCUGGAUUAGAUGGUGUGAAGACGACGUGGAGAUCGGCUCAUCUGAUGGAUACAAGAUUGCCUCUGAUAUGCUUAUGAACUCUAUAAAUUUUUCGAUUGAUCCAUGCGAUGAUUUCUUUGAAUUUACUUGCGGCAACUGGAUAGCUAAAAACCCAAUCAAGAAGCACAUGAGUAGAUCAUCACAAUUCGAUUUACUCAACGAUCAAGUGAAUGAGCAAGUAAGAGGCAUAUUUGUAUCAAACGAGACGUUCCGUUCGAAAUCCAUAACUGCCUUGAAAGCUAUCUAUAAGAAAUGUAUGGAUACGGACAAACUGAACCGCAGAGGUGCUAAGCGAUUGAUAGCUAAAGUCAAGAGACGCUUCGCUUGGCCGAUAGUAGAUGGAGAUAAAAAGUGGGAAGUGAAGGAUUACGACUUGACAUCGCUACUUGUCCAUGUGUCACGAAUUCGCGGUGUUAAUGUGUUCGUUUCAUGGGAUAUAUACCACGACGACAAGAAUGUUUCUCGCCGCAUCAUUCAGUUUGAUCAGGCAGACCUUAGACUGGGUCGUUCUAGGGAAUAUUACUUGGAUAUGACAAAGUAUGAUAAGAAGAUUGAAGCUCUCAGAAGGUAUCUUAUCAGACAGGCUAAAUUGUUCCAAAGAGAUGGCGGUCGGCCCACCUACAGGAAAAAAAUUGAAAACGACGUAAACGAAAUGAUUGAUCUUGAGAUAAAGUUAGCGAAAAUCUUGGUGCCAGAGGAGAAUCGCAGGAACUGGACAAGAAUGUAUAACCUCUAUCACUUGAGCGAUAUGCAGAAGCUCAUGCCAUUGGUCAACUGGACACGAUACUUCUUAGCAGUGGCUCCAUCUUCUUCUCACAACUACCUAAAAUCAAAUCCAGAAAUUAUUAUUAGGGAAGUCGACUACAUGCGAAAUCUCAGCAAGCUUUUGCGGCGGGUGAAACCCCGUAUAAUCACUAACUAUGUUUUUAUGCGACUUUCUAAAGAUUGGGAGGGGGAGAUGGGGGAGGAUUAUGAGAAGAUCGCUGAGGAAUUCAAUCUAAUAAUGUACGGAAAGAAAGAAAAGCCACCGCGUGAGAUUUACUGCAUUCGACACACAGUGAAUUUGCUGCAGUAUGCUACCAGCGCGGUAUAUGUCAGAAAAAUGUUCAACCAGGAGUCGAAAGCUGUUGUUUUAAAAAUGAUCAAUGAUAUUCAAAGGGCGUUUCGUGAGAUGCUAAGCACAAACAAGUGGAUAAAUAGCACUAGAAAUGCAGCCUUAGAGAAGGCGAAUUCAAUGUUGAGUCAGAUAGCUUACCCCAACUUCGUUCUGAAUGACGAGGAGCUUGACAACUACUAUGAUGGCCUUGAUGUACGUGAAAGUGACUCGUACAGCAAAAUGCUGGACAAAGUAGCUCGAUGGCAUAUUGAGCACUCAUUCAAACUAUUAAUGGAACGUGUAGAUCGUCAUGAGUAUGAUUUCAAUUCAGCUACGGUUAACGCUUAUUAUAUGCCAACAACUAAUUCGAUCAAAUUUCCCGCUGCCAUUCUUCAAGCUCCAUUCUUUCACCACACCUUUCCCAGGGCCUUGAACUAUGGUGCAAUUGGAUCUAUUAUCGCGCAUGAGAUCUCGCAUGCAUUUGACGAUGAAGGGAGUCAGUACGACGCCAUCGGCAACCUUCGCGAGUGGUGGGAUGCGGAUGUGAAAAAGAAGUACCAUAAGCGAGCUCAAUGUUUGAUUGACCAAUACGGAAAGAUUGAAGUACCGGGAACCGGCCACAAAAUCAACGGUGAACUCACUGUAGGGGAAAAUAUUGCCGAUAAUGGAGGAGUGAAGUCAGCCUACAGGGCGUACAAAGCAUAUUUGCGAAAACACGGAGAAGAGUUGAAGAUCAAAGGUUUGGAAGGCUAUAGUAGUGAACAGAUAUUCUUCAUGGGCUACGCAACGGCCUUUUGUGGAGACUACACAAAGGACGGACUGAUCGACUAUCUUCUUAGAACUCCUCAUAGUCCAAUGCGUUAUCGAGUUAAUCAAGUGCUGGCCAAUCAACGCGGGUUUGCUGCUGCCUUCAGUUGUGAAAAGGGCAGUAAGAUGAACCCCGAAAAACGCUGUGGUGUCUGGUAA